AUGGCGUCAUAUCACCAUAUAUUACAACACACGAAGCCGCAGGUUGAGUCUCCUGCCAAGGUAUUUGCGAAGCUAAAAUCAAGAGUGCAGAGGGAGGAGAUGAAUGCGAAUGAGAAACACGGAGGAGGUUUCAGGUCUCCUCAGAAGAAACCAGAGAGCUCAAGGAUAACCGAGGAACUCAGGGAGAAUCAAAGGUUUGGUCCUUAUCGAAGUGAAGCGCAGGUUUUGACCCUCUCACCAAUCUCGAGCCCUCUGAAAACCUGCACGGACUCCUACUUCGACAUCAGCCGCAAACACGCGGAUGAAGUGUCUCCAUGGGGUGAAUGUUCUUCAAGAAAAGGAGCCUACAUGGAGUCUACGGCUGUUUCCUAUCCCUUUCCUGUGUACAACACAGCAACACCGAUUCACCCAGAACCACCUCAGCCUAGACACUGUGAUGGUUUCAUGGUGACCUCCAACAGGACUCCAGUGAAGAUGCAUUCAGGGGAGGAGGGCUGUAGGAGGAGAGGGUAUGUGGAGGAUGACAAACCUGAGUCUCCAGCUUUGCUUUCUCCAUCGAGGAAAAAGAUACGGGUACGAGAAAGAAAACUGGAGCCACCGGAGCCUAGCAGCAGCAGCAGCACAAACAAAUUCAGAAAUAGUGCUUACAUUCCGGCUCAGGUAAGGCAAGUCUCCAGCGCUCUCAAUGAUCACAACGCCCCCAUGGAGAACUUGGCUGAUGGUGGAGGAUCCCCUGCUGACCCAUCAGGGAUGAACACAUUCGCUCAUGAACCCAUGUUACCACCAAAAUUCCCAUCAACGAAACGUGAGACAUUAUUACCGUUUUUAACAAAAAUAAGUCUUAAAUAUAAAAUAAAAGUCUCAGCUCAACUUGACAUUUUUUUUUACCAAGAUGGCUUCUGAUACUACUUUUCUGUUUUGGUCAGGCUGCCCGAUUGUUCUGGAUAAACCCCCUCUAAUGUCUCCAGCUAAGAUGUUUGCCUACAUGAAGGAGAAAAGUAAAGCAGAGCAGCAGGCUGUUGAGGUCAGCAGUAGCACGAAAGAUCUCCCCGAUGAGUGUGAGUGUUUUACUAAGUUAACAAAGCCAAUUAGAUCAUGAUUGUGUGUUGAACAUUAUGUAUAUAUUUUUGUUUAUGUUAUCACUGAAUUUCUUGUUCACAGGUAUAUCCCAUCAAUCUGACGAAACACUUUCAGCAGCUCUGGAAAUGGACGGGGUCCGGGUCUUCAGAGAUGCUGUUCCUGCUGAUCAGUCCCGGGAGAUGUCAGCUGAAAGCCACUCUGACACAGAUCCCUCAGAGGAUGUCCAGAUCCCUGCUGGGCCAUCACAGCCAAUUUUGCUAGAAGACCCGGUUAUUCUGAAAACACCACGAAUCUCCAUCCCCAAGAAAAAUGCGGCUGUGUUUAAUCGGAACAAAUGGCCAGGAAUGGCACAAUUCCCAAGUGUGAGUGGAAGUUAAUCAUUAAAUAAAUACCUGUUAGUAUUUAUUAAAAGGAAUUUGAUUUAAGUUUUGGGGUUAGGCAGGUUGUCUUUAGUUUGUCUUCUUUUAUGAUCUUUUUAAAGUUUCUUAUUGAGGUUGUGUUUCUCUUGUUUGCAGGAGAGUGUUAUUCAUCUCAAAAAAUGGUUUCUGAGGAAAAAUCACAAAGGCCUGUUCGUUGAUGGAAUUCACCAGUGAGUUUUUUUUUCUUGAAACCUAUUGUUGACCUAAGUUGAGAAGAAGCACACAAGCUUAUCAAGGCUCAUCGUCAGACAGCUGUAUUACCAUUGGAUCCAUCGUGUUUAAGCUUCAGAUUCCAGAUGAAAAGAAUUUGUGAGAUCUCUUGAGAUCUCCUGAAAUCUCUCUUGCUUUUCCAUCCAGUGAUGAAAACAUUCCGUGGAACAGUAACAUCAUCAUUGAUCGGGUUUCUAAUUCUGUGUUGAAGACCGUCUCUGGCAGAGUUUACAUCUUGGUUGGAAAGAUGAACUUGAACAUUGAGUCUGGUAAUAUAUCAUCUAUGAAGCAUAUUUUUCUUAUUGAAAAUUUUUUUUACAAGUGCACUAUUUUCAUGUCUAUCACUUUCUGUCUGCAGAGUUCCCCAACUGGCUUUUGAAGAAGUUUAUUAAUGGGUUUCCUGCAAACUGGAAGGCACUGUAUAAAAAGUUUCUGUCAGAGAGAGAGUAAGAAUAUUUAUUUGACUUUAAAGGCUGUCAGCUAAGGGGAUGGGACUCUUUUUUUAAAUGAUAUUCACAAUUCUUUAAGAUUUACUUUGUUCCAUUUGCUUUAUCCCUGAAACGUGUUUUGUUGCAGCAGAGAGACAACAAGGGACAAGGAGAAGAAAGAAACAAGGUCAAAGAUGCAAUCUGAGGCUUCUUCUGCCGACCUCUCUGUAAAGCAACACAAGCAAAAUCCUUUGAGAACACGUAAGUACAACAGAAACUCUUUAGCCUUGCCUGUAAACGUUUCUCAAUCUUAAGGUAAGCUGAAUCUUCCCAGGUUUUAAAGAGGUCUGGCAUGAUGUCUACAAAGGCAUGAGAUUGUUACAAUGUAAUUUAGCAGAUGCUUUUGUCUAGAGCCCCAUACAUUUGAGAAGAAGUACAAGACAAGCAAGAUCUAGGUAGAACAAGACAACAUGAAUAAGUACCAAAAACUGCCAUAAGGGCAAUAGGGUAUCGAGAUGUCAUGUAGUAUAUAUUUUUGACUUCAUAAUAAUGUGUAGACAUCAUGACUCGAUAGCACCUGUACAAAGACAUUUACAUUUAGGGAUCACUGGAUAGUUAUGCUUUUACACUUCACCAAGUUCACAGUUAACUCAGAAUAAGUCCUCCAAGAAACAACAGAAAUAUCACCUUAUGGAAAAGUCCACGAUUUGACAUCAGGUCUACAUUAGAAGAAGUUUAGAGGUUGGGAUUGAGUCUGCAUUGACCAUCUUAGGCCAGUGUGUUUACAUGGUGAUGUUUGCAUGGUGAUGUUUGCUAAGUAGCAGUGUAAAUGUUGUCUGAAUUACAGCUGAGGUUGCUGAAUCAUGUUUAAGCUUUGCAGAUUAACUAAAUUUUGAACUGAUGAUGGUGUAAGAAACAGUAGAGUGUGAAGGCAAGUGUAUUUAUAUAAAACUGUAAAAAAAAAAUAGCCAAAAUACCGUCUCCUUAUUGCUCUCAGAUAAGGAUCUGUAUUCCUAUUCUGGCACUGAUUAUCUAGCUGUGCUGAAGACCUUUUUUGUUAACUCGAGGAUUGAUUGUCUCCUCUCCAGCUGCCUCCUGUCCUCCUGCCCCCAUCAACUCGCAGCAAGUCUUGAAGUCUCGAAGUGGUCGAACAAUCAGGCCCCCGCUAGAGUACUGGAAAGGAGGGAGAGUCUUUCUGGAUGGGUUCAUGAAUGUUACCAUCCAUGAGUGUUAUGAGACCUCCAUCUGCAACCCUGUGAGUCUAAAGUGUAAAGCAACAGCAAGUGUUUCAAAUUGGGUAAAAGAAAAAAACAAACAAAAAAGAAACAGAUUUCUGAUCAACAUGAUGCUGAUUCUUAUUUUUUUACAGGUGGUCACAACAACAGUGUCUACAAAGGCACCCAAGGAACCUGUCUGUGUGUUCCUGCCAUGUGAUGAAGGUGAUGAAUAUUGGGGAGCUGUUGUUUUUAAUAUAAUUAGAUAAGUUAUGAUUCUUAUGUUGACAGACUGUCCUGUGUGUGUGUGUACAGGACAAUGCGAAACAAGCAGCGACAAAGAAGCACCAGUGAGAAAAGUCAAGGCUCAGCCCCGAAAAUCCCGUAAAGCCAAAGUCUGCCCUAAAGAGACACCGGCUCUUUCACCAGAACCUUCAAGGCAAGUCUCAAGGCACAAGACAGCUGUUUCUUCACCUCCAGAGUUCUCCACUGGUGAUGAUAAAAAUCAGUCACCAGAUGGUGAAGUUCUCCGUGGGAGAACAAAGAGGCAGAAAGUGCACACAAGGAAGGUCCGGCAGGGUGCUGACAAGUCAAAGACAAACCCUGAAGAGACACCAGCUCUUUCACCAGAACCUUCAAGAAAAGUCUCACGGCACAAGACAGCUGUCUCUUCAUCUCCAGAGAUUUCCAUGGGUGAUGAUAAAAGUCUGUCACCAAAUAGUGAAGUUCUCCGUGGGAGAACAAAGAGGCAAAAAGUGGACACAGUAAAGGGCAGGAAGGGUGCUGACAAGUCAAAGACAAACCCUGAAGAGACACCGGCUCUUUCACCAGAACCUUCAAGAAAAGUCUCACGGCGCAAGACAGCUGUCUCUUCAUCUCCAGAGUUUUCCACGGGUGAUGAUAAAAGUCAGUCACCAAAUGGUGAAGUUCUCCGUGGGAGAACAAGGAGGCAGAAAGUACACACAAGGAAGGGCAGGCAGGGUACUGAGAAGUCAAAGACAAACCCUGAAGAGACACCUGCUCUUUCACCAGAACCUUCAAGAAAAGUCUCUCGGCGCAAGACAGCUGUCUCUUCAUCUCCAGAGUUUUCUACUGGUGAUGAUAAAAGUCAGUCACCAAAUGGUGAAGUUCUCCAUGGGAGAACAAGGAGGCAGAAAGUGGCAACAGUAAAGGGCAGGCAGGGUGCUGACAAGUCAAAGACAAACACCAGUGUUCUGGCAAAGUCAUCAUCAGAGUCACCUGAAGACAGCCCAAUGCAAAUUAAGAGGACAACAAAAAUGACCCAAAAAAAAGGUGCUACACAAACGAAACGUAAACAAGGCAAAUCCACCAAGAUUUCACCGCCGGCAAAGCUUUUGACAAAGUCAACACAAUCCAUCGAGAAACAGACAGCGAGGAAAAGCAAUCUGUCAGAUGAAGACAGAGACACAUGGACUGAAGCAGAACUUAUCAGGCUACAAGAGUGAGUUUUUUUUCUCUACUUAAUGACAAAGUAGCACUUUGCAGCGCCAGUGUCAUGUUAGCUUUUGUAUUUUCCAGGGCCGCGUCCCACUUUCCCAAACAUAAGGCCGGGUACUGGGCUAAGGUGGCAAGGAUGGUAGGGACUCGCUCGGCAGAGGAGUGUCACAGCCAGCACACGUCCCAGGGAACCUACCAGUCUCCUUCCAAGAAGCCAACUAAACUUCGAAAGGAGAAAGUGAAGGCACCAAAAGAUCCAGGUGUGAUUGAGAUGCAGUUAGAAUCUUACAUUUAAACCUUUAAUAAGAGUCCUCAAAUGCUUCUGUAGGUUAUUUUCAUCAUGAAUUCAUUCUAUAUUCAGCAACUCAGUAAUAAAUUGUAUUUUUUAAAGGCUGUAGCAGCUGGAACCAUUUUAUUUGACAUGUUUCUAAUGGAUUACAGAUCAACCUGCGAUUUCUUCUCGUGUGGGAACCCUGAGGAGGAAGCAGGAAGUGCGUCAGUUUUUAGAGGCAAUGCCCAAAGAAGACGUUGAUGACGUUUUCACCUCUGCUUACAUGAAAAAUAGGCGGUUUGAGGUGGGUUUCUUUCAGUUUUGUGUAUUUUUUGUAGAGAUUAUGUAUGUCACAGUCUCUUCCUUCAAUGAUUAUUCAAAGGAUUCAAUUCACUAUUUCGCUCCCCUUGUAUCUGUUUUGUUGCACAGAUGCCGUCCCUUUGUUCCAGUGAGGAUCAUGACUUUGCUCUGUCAGACUUGGAGCCCCUGACCCCCAGGUCAACAGCCUUCCCUGAAGUGAUGACUCCACAGUGUCUCCUCAUCACACCUGGCAUGAUGGGCUCUCCUAACAGGUGAGUAAAGUGAACUAUUGAGAUCUUUUUAAAGAGUUAAAUGAAUGACAAUCACUAUCUCGCCUUGUUUCUUGAUUUCUAAGGAGCAAUGAUGAUAAGUAUGUCUACCAACUCCAGAAGAGGAUAAAAAAAAAUCGGUUUAAUGUAUGCUCAAAGUCGCCGUCAUCUAAGGUAAAUAUUAAAAAGAGUUUCUUUGUGAGCUCAAAGAUUUUUGCCAUUAUUGGAACAACAUUUCUCUUCUUUGUUCCUCUCAGAAAUUCACACACACACCAUCUGCCAAACAAACCAUGAAGAGCUGUGGAAACACAGGUAUGGGAAUUCAAUCCAUUCAUACAUGAGCAAGAGGAAACUUUUUAAUAAAACAGUGAUCCUUGAUAGAAAUAUUAUAUUUUACUGACCUGUUUAUUUUGAGGCUGUUGCAGAUUUAACAGAAAGGCUUGAACAUUUUUUUUAGAGCAGUAAUUGGAGGCAAUUAUUUUCACAUUUCUUUGUGUUUUUGCUUGACAGUAUCUUUCUUCUUUUUUCCACCAGAAGGCGACACUUUUGUGGUUUGGAAGAUGUUUCCGGAGAAUGAUGUGGCACAGUCUGACAGCGAAGAGGAGGCAGAUUGUUACUUUUCAGUCAGUGACUGA